AUGAAAGCGGAUGAAAGUCACCUCUGUUGCCAGAAGCCCUCGCCGUCCCUGGAAGCAUGCCGCUGCCGGGUGAGACUGCAGGGGCGGCAGGAGGACGGGACGGCGAGGCCCCCCGAUUCCGCGUGCAGCCGCCAGGCCACGUCCCGCGGGAGGCAUCAGCGGGUCGUCUCCUACAGCCUCUACCUGGAGGGGAACGGGACGGAGGGCGACCGGAGGAAAUACCAGGAUCCUCUCGGGUACCUGCCUCGGUUGGUGGCCGACCAUUAUCCGGGCUGGGUCGUGAGGGUCUACACGGACCUGGACCCGGGGGAUAAGGAGGACUGGGCGUUCAUGUGCGGGGUCCAGUGCAGGUUCCCUCACGUGGACUUCUGCUCGGUGGAGGGGCUGCCUCGGCUCGGGGAUGUGACGGGACGCCAGCCGGUCGGUCGUCUGUGGAGGUAUCUUCCCAUGGUCGAUCCUCUGGUCGAUGUGUUCGUGUCACGGGACAUCGAUUCUUACGUGUUGAAGAGGGAGGAAGAGGCAGUGACAGAGUGGCUCGCUUCUCCUUACGUCUUUCAUUGCAUGAGGGAUCAUCCGAACCAUGGAGGACCCAUCCUCGCUGGACUAUGGGGCGCGAAGACGUACCUGAACCGAAGCAUGAUAUCUGAAAUCGGCAACAAAAUCCUCUUCCAAGAGAAUCCAAAAUCGUACAAAUACUUCGACCAAGACGUGCUCACGAAACACCUGUGGCCCGUCGCACGGCACCUCAUGAUGGCUCACGACAGCUUCACCUGCAAGCAGAAGGAAUUCUUCGCGGCGUCCGUCCGGCCGUUCCCGACGCGGCGGGUCGGGAACCGGUACGUCGGCUACGGCGCGACGAAAGACUCCGCCGCGGCGGUCAUCGCGACGUCUCACUGCCCCGUCGCCUGUCGGCCCGUCGAGCACCGGGAAUGGGUCAAGUGCUGA